ACUCUAUUUUUACGGUAUGAAAUAAGAACAAGUUAGAUUAUUACUUCAUUUUAUAUUGAUCCAUUAUUAACAUGAUUAUUACUUCAUUCUAUAUUGAUUCAUUUUUAUAAUAGACCAUAUUUGACAAAACAAACAUUUGCCACCACUAAUCUGGACUAACUUAAAAUUAAUCUAAUUCAAUUUCUUUCUUGUUCAAAUCCGAAAGGAACAUAAAUUUAUCGCUUCAAUUAUUUUUCGAUUUAAUGGUUUUUCGUCGGACACGUACGAGCGGCACCCACCGAAAGGUAGCUUCAUAAACUCUACAAUAUUAAUACAGCAUGCCCACAAAAAAAACCCUUUCAUCAGUUCCCUCCUUUUUCUUUCCUAUUCAUUCCCCUCAUUCAAAAAAACAGCUAGGGUUUCUAAUCCGUCAAAGUAUGAGUAAUAAUCCCAAUAAAGAUGAGUUCGACAUGUCCGAUCUCGGCGCUUCCCUCCCCGCCGCUACCGCCGCUUUGAGUGCUGAGGAUCGUGCUGGUUUAGUGAACGCGCUUAAGGAUAAGCUUCAGAAUUUGGCUGGACAGCAUACAGAUAUACUCGAGACGUUGACGCCACAAGUUAGGAAGCGUGUAGACGUUCUAAGAGAGCUUCAGAGCCAACAUGAUGAGCUAGAAGCAAAGUUUUUCGAGGAGAGGGCUGCACUAGAAGCUAAAUACCAGAAGCUGUAUGAACCAUUGUAUACAAAGAGAUAUGAAAUAGUCAAUGGGGUUGUCGAAGUGGAGUGUGUUAAUGAAGCUCCCAUGGACGAAGAUAAAGAGACUGAAAAUGAGAAAGGUGUUCCCAACUUUUGGCUGACUGCAAUGAAGACUAACGAGAUAUUGGCAGAGGAGAUCUCAGAGCGUGAUGAAGAAGCGUUGAAGUACCUCAAGGAUAUCAAGUGGUGCAAGCUUGAUGAUCGAAAGGGCUUUAAGCUUGAGUUCUUCUUUGAUACAAACCCUUUUUUCAAGAAUACUGUCUUGGUUAAAACCUACCACAUGAUUGAUGAUGAUGAUGAUCCCAUAUUGGAGAAGGCCAUAGGUACCAAGAUUGAAUGGCAUCCGAAUAAAUGCUUGACACAGAAGAUACUAAAAAGGAAGCCAAAGAAAGGGUCAAAGAAUGCCAAACCCAUAAUUAAGACUGAGAGCUGUGAGAGCUUUUUCAAUUUCUUCAAUCCUCCACAAGUACCUGAAGAUGAUGAUGAUUUGGAUGAAGAUGCGGCUGAAGACCUGCAGAAUCUAAUGGAACAAGAUUACGAUGUUGGCUCGACAAUUCGGGACAAAAUCAUCCCCCAUGCCGUGUCAUGGUUUACUGGUGAGGCUGCUGAAGGGGAUGAAUUUGAUGAUAUUGAAGGUGGUGGUGAUGAUGAUGAUGACGACGACGACGAUGAAGAUGAGGAUGAAGAAGAGGACGACGAGGAUGAUGAUGAAGAUGAAGAAGAGGAGAAGCGCAGAAAGAAGAAGUCUUCAGCACGAAAGAAGAGUGCCAAAGCACAAGCAGGAGGAGGUCAACAGGGAGAACGUCCUCCAGAGUGCAAGCAGCAAUAGUUUGUGUUGUGCCAAUAACAGCUGAUGAACCCAACCAUGCCAUUUCUCGUUAAUUUUGCCUUGGCUGUGUUGAUAUGCCUGCUUUUUCUUUCUUUGUUUUUUUUCUUUUUUGGUUAGUUAUCUAUUAUGAAAAUCUAGUGUGAGUUCUGUGUUUGCUUGGGAUGGACUUUGGCUUGUACCAAAAAUUUCGCAUUUAUAUUCUGUUCUGCUUAUCCCCA